AGAGGAACAGGAGAAUGUCUGUUCAAGCAUGAAAAAAUCACCUAGUACAGAACCCAAAGAUCUAAAUGAAAGUGGGAAAAUCGGAAUUACCAAACAACCAGGUGAUGAUCCCGGUCAUGGUGCUUCCCAGACUACAGCAGUAAUUCCUGUGAACAGUCAACGCAUUGAAAGCCCGUUUCUGGAUAAUCAACAAGUUCCUUGGAGUAAAAAGCAUCCAGAGGAACAGGAGAAUGUCUGUUCAAGCAUGAAAAAAUCACCUAAUACAGAACCCAAAGAUCUAAAUGAAAGUGGGAAAAUCGGAAUUACCAAACAACCAGAUAACCACCAAAGCACAAUGAGCAACAAUAUCGAAGACAAAAUAAAAAAUGAUAACAACUACACUAAAAUAAGUACUGGCAAUCCUUCACUUUACCAACUGAAUCUGAACGACACAGGAAAAGAUGAUCUUUGUAAAAAAGACUUUGGAUAUACUUCUUUACCUUGUUCAAACAAAACAAUAAUGCUCCUGGGUGCUACUGGCUCUGGGAAAAGCACUCUAAUUAACGGCAUGAUCAACUAUAUAAUGGGAGUAGAGUGGAGUGAUACAUGCAGAUUUAAACUGAUAGAUGAACAAACCAAUAAAACACAAGCUGAGAGCCAGACUUCAGAGGUUACAGCAUAUCAGAUUCAUCAUCAAAACGGCUUCCAGGUUCCUUAUUCAAUCACAAUCAUAGACACACCAGGGUUUGGAGACACAAGGGGAAUUGCACAAGACAAGGAGAUCACUGAGAAAAUCAGAAAGUUCUUCUCUGAAAAAGAUGGUGUUGUUGCUCUUGAUGCUGUUUGUUUUGUAGUACAGUCAGCAUUAGCUCGACUAACCCAAACCCAGAAAUACAUAUUUGAAGCUAUUCUUUCAAUCUUUGGAAAGGACAUUGCAAACAAUAUCACCAUUAUGAUCACCUUUGCUGAUGGCCAAAAACCUCCCGUACUAGAGGCCAUUGAAGCGGCUGAUAUACCGUGUGUAAAGAAGGAAGAUGGAACAUUGCUUCAUUUCAAAUUUAACAAUUCUGCACUUUUUGCUCAGACUAAAGUGGUGGAUGAUGAAGACAAUUUUGAUGAAAUGUUUUGGAAAAUGGGAAAAGGAAGCAUGAAACGUUUUUUUAAUCACCUGGAGAAAAUGGAAACCAAAAGUCUUCAGCUCACAAAAGAAGUUCUCACUGAACGCAAACAGCUGGAGGCAGUUGUAAAAGGAGUGCAGCCACUCAUCCAAAUGGGUCUGUCAAAACUUGAGGAAAUAAGAAUGACUUCAUCAGCACUCGAACAAAACCAGAAUGUCAUAAAAGAAAAUGAAAAUUUUGAAUAUAUGGUUGAAGUACAAAAGAGUAAGAAGAUUGACCUUGAAAAGGGAACGUUUGUGACAAAUUGCCUUGGCUGCAACUUCACCUGCCAUUAUCCAUGCUACAUUAAAGAAGAUAGCAAAAAAUACUCUUGUUCAGCAAUGAAAGAUGACAAAUGUACAGUGUGUCCUGGUCACUGCAUCUGGAAUGUGCAUCACAACAUGCCAUACAGAUUUGAAACAGAACUUAUAAAAGAGAAAAGGACAUACGCAAAUCUGAAAAAGCAAUAUGAAGAGGCUUUGGGUAAAAGUAUGACAAUAGAGAAAAUUAUUCAGCAGCUGGAGGAUGAAUAUGAGGAUGUUCAAGUAAAAGUCAUGCAGUUAAAUGACAAACUUGCCAAAAGCCUGUCACGUCUGAAGGAAAUUGCUCUUCGCCCAGAUCCCUUGUCCACACCAGAUUACAUUGAAUUACUGAUUGAGUCUGAGAAGUUGACGGCUAAAGAAGGCUACUUAAAGCGCAUUGCUGAGUUGGAAGAGAUAAAAAAACGUGCUCUGAUUCUGCAGAAAGUGGAGAAAGGCAUACCACUUGCUGAACAUGAGAGGAAAUACAGUGUAAAGAAAACCUUUAGACAGAGAGUAACUGGAAUGUAUAAUAAUAUGACAAAGUGGUGUAGCACAGUAAAGGAAAAAGUAGAAAAUGUUUUCACUGUGGUACCAGAAUGAGCUAGUUAAAUGAUGUUUAAACUCUGAGUCUAUACAUCAGGUGAUUAGAUUAGAAUAUUUUCUUCAUUUCCGUCAUAUUACAUUGCUUUUCAUUGAUUUUUUUUUAGUAUGUAGUAUGCUAUAUAUAGUAUGUUAUACAGUAUAGUUUGCUAUAUAUGCAACAGGUUCUAGUUCACCAACAUGGUGCCCGCAGGCACCGGGUCGCCCGCAAGGACCACAUGAGUCGCCCACGGGCCUUUUCUAAAAAUAGCUCACCAUAGCGCCACUUACCAGUGAGC